CUUAUAGGGUUCUCUUCUCAAUCUCUCGGUUUUCCAUUACUUAUUCACUUCUAUAGUUAUCAAAUGAUGAAAUUGAGGAAGGUCACAGGAAAAAAAAAAUUGAAAAAUAGAUUCAAGGGUUUCCUCGUCUUCUUCAUUGCAUCAACGUAAGCUUAUCUUCUUCACCACAAUGAUUUUUAUAUUCUGGGUUUCUUCAAUUUGUGAUUGAUUCGUUUUGCUUUGGUUUCAUGUGAUCGAUUCGUUUUGGUUAGCCUAUGGCCCUCCUGCAGUUAAUUCUUAUGAUGCUGCUUUGCAAAACUCAGUUUUUGAAUUCAGUUGUGAUUUUGCAGGUCAAAGAACUCACUUUGUGAUUUUGUAGCUUUCUAAUUCUAAGUCUCGUAUUUGGAUUCAAGGUGAUAGUCAGAAGAUUAUUUAGAUGUAAAUGAGCAGUAAUCUUUAGAUCAGAAGAUAACGAGCUGGUGAAUCAAUAUUCUCUGUGUUGUUUUAUGUUUUCCAACUUUUCUGAAAAAACAUAAAUGGACACGAGUCUAAACAGGUUUAACGGGUUAUUCUAAAAUAAACGGGUUCGAAAACAAAUGGGCUUUACGGGCAUAUAUGUAAACGGGCAUACAUGUAAACGGGUUUAAACGUUCAGGGUUUCAAACGGGCAGGGCCUAAACGGGCCUGGGCCGCCCAUAUUAACAUUCCUAGUGUGUAUUAAAAUCCUUGUAAUAUAAAUAAGUUUGGAGAGUGUUGAAAUCCAAGCUACUUGAAUUGAGAGAGUUGAAUCCCUUGUAAUAUUUUUGAGUAUUGUUUAGAGUUUAAAAAAAAAUUGUUUAGGAAACCAUUUCGCCUAAACCAAUUUUUUUAACGCUGUGGCUUCCCAAAAAAAAUAAACUUAAAUCGAAAUGGUUGAGAUAUUCACUUGUGCUAGUGAACAAAAAAAAUUAAGCUUAAAUCGAAAUGGUUGAGAUAUUCAUGUGCUAAUGAAAAAAAAAAAUUAAGCUUAAAUCUUCUUCUUAUAUGCAUAUUUAUAUAGGUUUUGGUAAAAAGUACAUUUCUUAGGUGAGUGAUGCAAGCAAGCCUCUUACGUGGCCUACACGAAAUAGAAUUUACAAGAAAACACAACCCUAUUGUCCAAUACCUGUAGGCCACUUCAGUAACGUGUACAGUUAAUAUAUGUCAUCUCUUAUUGCCUGGUAAGAAACACCAUAAACAACUGUGCCUUCCAUCGUGUCAUAUAUACACAUUCAAGAAAACAUAUUUCGAGAUUUCAUUAUUAGACUCCAUCAAAUCUUUAUACAUUAUCAGUGAUGACGGAUUCAAGGCCUGCAAGUAUCUUGACUCAAGCCGAUGCUUUACUUAGGAAAAAUUUAGUUUUCCAGAAACGUAACAUAUGGAGCAAUGUACGUCUCGUCACGAUCCCUUUCUUCCUCUGUGUACUUCUCGUUGUUAUUCAGUUGCUCUUUGACUCUCAAUUCAACGAGGACCAUGGUCAAUGUGGGUGCUUAAAUGAGAAAACUUGUGGCAUAAGGUAUUCUACUUCGGAUCAAGCAGCGUUUUGCGCCAUUCCUAACCCAUCACAGUGGACUCCAUUACUUCAAAUCCCGUCUCCUCAAUACCGAGCCGUGACUACACUGUACCUGAGCCAUUCUUCACCUGUCACCUUUCUCUUCACCGGGAAUAACCAGUCGCUUGGAGAAACUCUAAUGCGGAAUAUAUAUAGCAAUUCACCUGAGUUUGGUGGAGAUUUAGCCAAUUAUGUAUUGGGGUCGUCAUCUUUGCCUGCAUACACCAAUUAUAUGGACUCUUCUUUCAUCUCAGAACUCCCCAUCUACAAUAUCAAACACCAAUGCUCACUGAACUCUUCCUUCUCAAUCUUAAUUCACCAACCACCUCUUUCAUUCCCCAAAGAGAUAAACUGUGUCAGAGGACUAAAUUUGUGGCGGAAUAGUUCUUUGGAUGUGAACAAGGAGCUUUUCAAAGGUUAUCGAAAAGGAAAUCAAGAAGAGAAGAUUAACGAGUAUACUGCAGCUUUUGAUUUUCAGAACACAAAUGGGAACAGACUCAAUGUUAAUGUUUGGUACAACUCUACCUACAAGAACAAUACAGUGAUUCGGCCUAUGGCUCUGAUUCGAGUCCCUCGCUUGGUCAACCUGGCAUCUAAUGCAUAUCUUGAGUUCCUAAAAGGUUCUAAGACAAAGAUCCUCUUUGAAUAUAUCAAAGAAAUGCCCAAACCAGAGACUAAAUUGACCCUAGACAUCACCUCCCUGAUCGGUCCGCUCUUCUUCACAUGGGUCAUUCUGCUGUUAUUCCCUGUAAUUCUAACCGCACUGGUUUAUGAGAAACAACAGAGGUUAAGAAUCAUGAUGAAGAUGCAUGGACUUGGUGAUGCUCCUUACUGGAUAGUUUCAUAUUCCUAUUUUGUUCUUGUGUCGACUCUAUACAUGUUGUGCUUCGCCAUAUUCGGUUCAGCCAUUGGGUUAAACUUCUUCAGGCUUAAUGACUAUAGUAUCCAGCUUGUGUUCUUCCUGAUUAGCAUAAAUCUUCAAAUAUCAGUCGCUUUCUUAGCAUCUGCAAUGUUUUCAGAUGUUAAAACUGCUACAGUUGUAGCAUACAUAUAUGUAUUUGGAACUGGACUCCUAGGAAUCUUUCUUUUUCAAUUCUUCUUGGAAGAUCCUCACUUCCCAAGAGGAUGGAUCAUUGCAAUGGAGUUAUACCCUGGAUUUUCGUUGUACCGUGGGCUAUACGAGUUAUCACAGUCUGCGUUUGCGGCAGACUACCGUGGGGUUAAUGGAAUGAGAUGGAGAGAUUUUGGGGAUGGAAUGAAAGAGGUGACUUGUAUCAUGCUCAUUGAGUGGCUUCUACUUCUUGUUUCAGCGUUUUACAUUGAUCAAAUCACUUACUCUAGUAAACAUCCAUUGUUCUUCUUCCUGCAAAGCCCUUCAAAGAACAAACAACAUCACUACUCUUCUAACAAACAGAUUUCCAAAUUUGUCGUCGAAAUGGAGAAACCAGAUGUGUGUCAAGAGAGGGAGAAAGUAGAGCAGUAUCUACUUGAAUCAACCGGAAACUGUGCGGUUUUGUGCAAUAAUCUGAAGAAGGUAUACUCAGGUAAGGACGGGAACCCUCAGAAACUCGCGGUAAGAGGAUUAUCUCUUGCUUUACCUCAAGGAGAAUGCUUUGGCAUGCUUGGUCCUAAUGGAGCUGGCAAAACCUCUUUCAUCAACAUGAUGACAGGAAUCAUUAAACCAUCAUCUGGCUCAGCAUUCGUUCAGGGUCUUGAUAUUUUAACGGAUAUGGAUAGGAUAUAUACAACAAUUGGAGUCUGUCCGCAACACGAUCUUUUGUGGGAUAAAUUGAGUGGAAGGGAGCAUCUACUUUUCUAUGGAAGGCUCAAGAAUCUUAAAGGUUCUGUCUUAACACAAGCUGUUGAAGAGUCACUUCGCAGUGUGAACCUUUUUCAUGGAGGAAAUGGGGACAAACAGGUCAGAAGAUACAGCGGAGGGAUGAAGAGACGGCUAAGCGUUGCCAUUUCUCUUAUAGGAAACCCUAAAGUUGUUUACAUGGAUGAGCCAAGUACUGGGCUUGAUCCAGCCUCUAGGAAAAGUUUAUGGGACGUAGUGAAACGUGCUAAGCGGAAAGGGGCGAUAAUACUCACCACACACUCAAUGGAAGAAGCUGAAGUGUUAUGUGAUCGUCUUGGAAUAUUUGUCAAUGGAAGUUUGCAGUGCAUAGGCAAUCCUAAGGAGCUGAAGGGUAGAUAUGGAGGAUCCUAUGUAUUGACUAUGACAACCUCAAAGGAACACGAGCAAGAAGUGGAGGAACUAGUGCAUAGAAUCUCCAAGAAUGCAAAGAAGAUAUAUCGAACCUCGGGGACUCAAAAGUUUGAGCUGCCAAAGAAGGAGACAAAGAUCGCUGAGGUGUUUCAGGCGGUGGAGAAGGCAAAGAAGAUGUUCCCGGUGGUUGCUUGGGGACUUGCAGACACAACGCUUGAAGAUGUGUUUGUAAAGGUUGCUCAAACUUCUUAAUUCAGCACUCUUUCUAUAUAUUUUCAUUUUUUUUUUAAUUAUACUUUUUCCUUCCUUUUGCACUUCUGUUUACAAGUUCUAAACUAAUAAUAUUACAAUCUUUAUUUGUCUA